GCAGGUUUUCGUAGCUGAAGGAAAAUGAUGGAAGAAAGUGGAAUAGAGACAACUCCACCUGGCACACCCCCACCAAGCACAGGCGGAGCUGCUGCUUCUGCUACACCUGUAUCACCAGCUUUGUCCAGUCCCCUUGCUACUACACCAAGCAUGUUGUCAUCUUCUGCGUACUCUUCACCCUUACCAGCUGCAGUGUCUCCAAUUCCUCCUGUGAUGACUUCAGCUCCUCUUUCAUUUGUGCCUUCUGCAACUGUUUCUACUAUUGCUCCGCCUCUGACUCCUACCCCAGCUCCUGCUGCAUCUUCAGCUUUCAGUACCUCAAUGCCCCAGUUCUCUACACCACCUCCAUUAAGCUCUACUCCCGGCCCUGGUCUUCCUGCACCACCUACUGGUCCCCCCAUUUCAGGAUUUUCCAUGACUUCAACUUAUGACAUUACCAGAGGUCAUGCUGGUCGGGCACCACAGAGCCCACUGAUGCCAUCGUUUUCAGCACCUCCAGUCACAGGUGUUUUGACAGAUCCUGUUACUCAGCAAGCAACUUUCUCAUCACCUUUGGUUCCUGGAACUGCAGGUGGCUCUGCAAUCACUUUUCCUGAGGAGCAUGAAGACCCUCGAAUAUCUACAGCCCAGAGUGGAGCUGCUGGUGGAGGACUGUGGGGAUUUAUAAAGGGUGUAGCUGGAAAUCCCAUGGUGAAGUCUGUUCUUGAUAAAACCAAGCAUUCAGUAGAGACCAUGAUCACAACGCUGGAUCCUGGCAUGGCUCCAUAUAUCAGAACUGGUGGAGAACUAGACAUAGUUGUUACUUCUACUAAAGAAGUAAAAGUAGCAGCAGUUAGAGAUGCCUUUCAAGAAGUCUUUGGAAUGGCUAUUGUUACUGGAGAGGCUGCACAGUCUAACAUUGCACCACAGCCUGUGGGCUAUGCUGCUGGAUUAAAAGGAGCCCAAGAAAGGAUAGACAGCUUGCGUCGGACUGGAGUAAUACAUGAAAAACAGCCUACAGUAUCUGUUGAAAACUUCAUUGAGGAAUUGCUUCCUGACAAGUGGUUUGACAUAGGCUGUCUGAUUAUUGAGGAUCCAAUUCAUGGAAUUCAUCUGGAAACUUUUACCCAAGCAACGCCAGUGCCUUUGCAAUAUGUUCAGCAGGCUCAGAGUCUCACUCCUCAGGACUACAGCCUCAGAUGGUCAGGCCUUCUGGUGACGGUGGGCGAAGUGCUCGAGAAGAAUCUACCCAACGUCAACAGGACUGACUGGCACCUGGUGUUCACCGGCAUGUCCCGCCGGCAGAUGAUCUACAGCGCGGCCAAGGCGCUGGCAGGAAUGUACAAGCARCGCUUGCCGCCCAGGACCGUUUGAAAGAAGGUUGCCCUGUCCCGCUUGAGGAGCACUGCCUGUGCUCCUGGAGUCGAAACCAAGGCUACGUAUUCUAAUGCUCAGUGGAUACAACACAGAUUUGUAAUCUACCUGUAACUGCAUUUUACUUUUAAAGAAUUGAAGGUACUUUCCAGUAGUGGGGAUAAAUAAUUCCAGUUUUUAAUAACCAGAUGAUUUCCAAUAUGAUUCACAAAAGAGGAAAUUGGAACAGAUACAUUUAUAACUGGGACACAUAGCACUACAGAUKGUCAAAUGGGAUGUGCUAUUGUUUGACACCUUAAUAAGCAUUUGCUGAGAUAUUAAAUGUUUUAUUUACUCGUGUUUUUAAGGAGUCUCUUUGUUUAGCUUUUACUAUUAUAGUAGUAAUUAUAAAUACGUUGAUAGCAUAUCUUCUGUAUGUGUUUGAAUGCAGAGAGACUACCUGCUGUGUUAGAUACUUUCUUUGGGUGUGUGUUUAGGUAGUACUUCACACCUGACAGGCUUGGUGUCUGUAUUUAAGUUCUCAGGACUGAUGCUGGGGAGUUUUUAAACAUCUAGCUGUGAGCUGCUUAGGAAGAGCACAAAUCCAUGCUCAGAUGGUUAAAGUCUGGGCAAAUCAUUCUGAAUUUCUAUUUUCCAUGCUGCAGGUGUGUGAUUUUUUUCCACAUUGCAUUUUCCAUCUUCUUUUUUAAUAUAUAUAGCUCUUCUGUAGCAGAGAUGAAAUUYAUCUCAUUCUAAAACACUAGAAAAAAAUCAAGUUGUUUCAGUGAAUUUUAGAUCAGAUGCCACAUACACAAGAAGUUAUCUCAGCAUUGCAGUUCCAGCAACAUAAUUUACUCCUAUAUUUCCAAACUUUAUGUUUUAUAUGGAAUUAUGUGAUUUCUUCUAUCACGUUGGGGAUAUUAGCAAGUUAACAUGGCACUUGCUAUCCUGAAUUUUCUAAAACAUUUAUAAAUCUUAAAUGUGUGUCUUGAUGUUAUGGGCUAAUUGUUUCUCAUGUAAGUCUUGAUUGGUGUCUGUUUUUCAUAGCUAAGAAUGUCCUUUAUCUGUGCUCACACAAUCUUAAAUCUUUAUUCAGAAAUACAGAAGUAAUUCUGAGUGACAAUAUUUUGGUAAAAAUUCUUUUUUAGAAACAAAGAACAAAUAAUCUUUUUGCCUUAGAAAACUUUUCAACUUAUAUUGUUCUGCCUUUGCCUUUCUUACCUGCUUUCAAGGAACCCUUUUAUAUACAAUAUACUGUAAACCAGCUUGUAUUUGUACCUAGUGAAAGGCUGUCUAUUUCCAAGUAAUAUAUUUUGCCUUAAUUGGCUUCCUCUGUAAAUUAGCUGAAUAAAUAUUUUUCCUACAUGA